CUCUUACCUCCCAACAUCCAGCUCGAAACACUGACUUUCAUCCGAUCGCGCUACCCCCGUUAGCUCUAGCAUGGACGAUCUCACUCACGUCAUCGUCAACCUCAUCAGCAACUUUAUAUUCAUUCUCAUACUCGUCUUCCUCGACCACUGUUUCCCGUUCUUUGUUGUACUUGAACUCAUCUGGGAGACUGGCAGGCUCGAACCUGAUCCAGAACUAACCUGGAUGGAAGCGUCUAGGAGACUUUACAAAAUGAUCGCCGUCGCUGCUCUUUUCGGAAUAUUGCCAAUCACUGCAGUGAGCUUGUAUCAUGUCUACUGGCAGUAAUUCCCUCGCCAGCUCUCGAUAAAAAUCACUCAGACACGUUUAUUCGUUUUUGCGUUCACUCUGUUUCCG